AUGCUGUCAAGGCGCAUGCUUAGCAAGGCCGACGAGGAGGCCAUCGGCGACGAGGUCGAGGUCCGCAGGGAGGACCAGGACAAGAUCAACAAGUUCAGCCGUCUGCACUCGCGCGAGCUCGGUAUUGAAGAUGAGCUGAAGAACAAGAGUGUCAGUGGUGUUAUCCUGUGGUAUCGGUGA